GGCCCGUCUCUCGGGAUGUCUCCAUGCUCGAGAAAAUGAUGGAAACGGGCAUGAACGUGGCCCGCAUGAACUUCUCGCACGGCUCCCACGAGUACCACGCCGAGACCAUCGCCAACUGCAGACAGGCCGAGAAGAACUACAGCGAGAAACUCGGCUUCCCAUUUUCGCUGGCCAUCGCGCUCGACACCAAGGGGCCUGAGAUCAGAACUGGACUUUUGGAGGGUGGCGGCUCAGCCGAAGUAGAGCUAAAGAAGGGCGAGACCAUUAAGCUGUCAAUCGACCCCGCCCUCGCCGAGAAGGGCAACGGCAGCGCCGUGUUCAUCGACUACAAGAACAUUAUCAACGUGGUCAAACCCGGCAACCGCAUCUUUAUCGACGAUGGCCUGAUCUCCGUCAUCUGCCAGUCCGUUGCUGCUGAUGGGCUAGUCUGCAGUAUUGAGAACGGAGGUAUGCUGGGCUCAAGAAAGGGAGUGAACCUGCCCGGUCUCCCCGUGGACCUGCCCGCUGUGUCCGAAAAGGACAAGUCUGACCUCCUCUUCGGCGUAGAACAGGGCGUGGAUAUGAUUUUCGCCUCGUUCAUCCGCAACGGCGCGGCGCUGACCGAGAUCCGAGGCAUCCUUGGCGAGAAAGGCAGGAACAUUAAGAUAAUCUCCAAGAUUGAGAACCACCAGGGCAUGGUCAACCUCGACGAGAUCAUCGCUGCAUCAGACGGCAUCAUGGUGGCCCGCGGUGACCUAGGUAUCGAGAUCCCGCCGGAAAAGGUGUUCCUCGCACAGAAGACCAUGAUCUCCAGGUGCAACAGGGUCGGCAAGCCCGUGAUCUGCGCCACCCAGAUGCUCGAGUCCAUGGUUAAGAAGCCCCGGCCCACUCGCGCCGAGACUUCCGACGUGGCCAACGCCAUCCUCGACGGCGCCGACUGCGUCAUGCUGUCCGGGGAAACCGCCAAGGGGGAAUACCCCCUCGAGUGCGUACUGACGAUGGCCAAUAUCAGCAAGGAGGCUGAGGCUGCUAUAUGGCAUAAGCAGCUCUUCUCGGAGCUCGUCGCUCAGGUGUCGGCCCCCAUAGACCCCGCGCACUCCGUGGCCAUCGCGGCCGUGGAGGCGUCCACCAAGUGCCUCGCUUCCGCCAUCGUGGUGAUCACCACCAGCGGCCGCUCCGCGCACCUGCUCAGCAAGUACCGCCCGCGCUGCCCCAUCAUCGCCGUCACCCGCCAGCCGCAGACCGCGCGCCAGGCGCAUCUGUACCGCGGCGUGCUGCCCAUCGUGUACCAGGCCCCAGCGGCAAGCAACUGGCUGCAGGACGUGGACGACCGCGUGCAGACCGGCGUGAAGUUCGGCCGAGCGAGGGGCUUCAUCAACACCGGGGACCUCAUCGUGGUCGUCACCGGCUGGAAGCAGGGCUCCGGGUUCACCAACACCAUGCGCGUCGUGCAUGUGGAGUAAAGUGAAGAAAACAACUACAAAUAUACAUAUAUGCUAAGUAUUAGUACGGCGAACAGACGCGCUAGUGAUACAAAAACGGAUAUCUGUAAAAAUGUUUCUCGUAUAUAUAAUAUACAUUUAGUGUUAGGAUAAUGUUUUAUUUAUUUUGAAUACAUCGCAAGAGUAUUGUUGCGUGUUUGCGUAUGCUGAAUAAAAAUUUAAACAUGUAUCUAUGUUA